AUGGCGGAAAGCACCGCCGCCGCGCCUGCUGAUGCCGCCGCCGCACCUGACGCCGCAGCUGCCGCCGCACCUGCCGCUGAUGCAGCGACCGAUUCGGCCCCUGCAGCGAGCACAUCAAGCGGCGGUGACAGCAGCAGCGGGACCGGCGGGACGGAUAGCAGCGGGACCAGCGGGACGGGUAGCAGCGGGAGCAGCGGCACGGCGACGAGAACUAGUUUCGCGCCGUCGUUCAACGAGACUUCCACGGCGUCGGAGGGCUCGUACUCCCUAGAUGCGGCGCGGUGGGUGUGGCCCACGGCGAACGACCCCAACGCGGAGAACCUCAUCCACUCCAUCCUCUCCAGCUGGUGCGGGGAGACGUACGUGGAUGCGGUGAAGGACGCGUCGACGCGCGCGGGGCAGUUCGACCGCCUGCGCAGCGAGCGCGACCAGCGCUACGCGGAGUGGCUGCGCUGCAACCAGGAGCGCAGCAUCCGCGAACGAGAGCUGGAGAUGGAGUGCGAGCGCGAGCGGCAGGUGGUGGCGAGCGCGUUCGACCGCGAGCGCGUGGGCAUCCGCGCGGAGUGCGACACGGACGCCAACGCCAUCCGCGCCGAGCUCGAGCACUGCGAGAUCCGGCUGAAGAAGAAAGGCGCGGGCAGCUGUCAGAAGGACGUGGCAGCGGAGCGGUCGGCGUGCGAGCAGGCGAAGCGGGGCCUGCAGGAGGAGCUGGAGGCGUGCGAGGCGACGGGGCGCGUGGCGAACGUGAGCCGCGUGGUGGCGCUGGAGCAGGCCGCCGUGCACGCCGGGGAGGAGCGCGUCGCAUGGACGGCCGAGAGGAAGACGCUCGUUGCCGAGGUGCACGAGUGCAGGCCGGCGCAGGUGAGGGCGCAGAGGCGGCUGAACGAGGUGUUGACGGACGGCAAGGUGCAGUCGCUGGAGAAGAAGGUGACGCUGCUGCAGACCGUCAUGCUCUCGCUCUUCCUCGUGCUCGGCCUCACUGGUGGCGGCAUCACCGUGCUCUUCAUGCGCGAGAAGCCGGGUGGCGUGGAGGGUGGGUACGGGUGGAUACCGGUGAUGGCACCGGCGCGGCUGCGGCUGGUGGACGCGGAGGGCGCCAAGGACCUGCUCGUGGACGCAUUCGAGGGCGGCAAGGGGUCCCGCCUCGCCAUCGUGCUCGCCACUGAUGUUGACUUCGGCAGAGAGCGAGGAGACGACCCCCCCACGGUGUACCUGCUGGUGCCCAUCAACAUCACCAGCUCGCGCCGCUUCUCUCUCUUCAACCAGGGCGGCGAUUACACCCACCACGUGGAGCGCGCUCAGGAAAUAGUGAACCGGCAGGCACCGAAUGCGCGGUUGGUGGUGGUGCUGUACGAGGCGGGUGGGUGUGUGUUCACAGAGGCCACGCUGCAGAGCCUACGUCUUACUGCUGACAAGAUUGCCUUUGAGGCGGUGCCCACGGACGCGGAGUUCCCCACCAGCGACCACCUGGUGCUGCUCUGGCUCGACAAGCACGAGGGGUUGCGUGCAUCUGACAGCGCGCAGGAGUCCGAUUUAACGGCUGACAUCAAGUCGCAGCCGUGGGCCCAGUACCUGCUCAUGCGCUCGGGCCGCUGGGGCCAGGUGCACGCCCAAUUGUGA